UAGCGCAAGAGAUGGCGUCGGUAGUAACAGUAAUAGUAUUACUCCUAGUGGUGUCUGCCGGAGCCGGAGCCGGAGCAGCAGCCAGUCCGCCGAUUGGGAUGCCCGGCUGUGUCACGACGUGCGGCGGCGUGGAGGUGCCAUACCCGUUCGGCAUUGGCCCGGACCCCAGCUGCUUCCUGCACCAGCCGGGGUUUAACCUCACCUGCGACCAGAGCCACCACCCCCCACGGCUGCUCCUCCUCCUCCCCGGCGCCGAUGGCAAAGACCAGCGUCUCCAGAUCAAGCACAUAGACUCAUUUUCCCUAAUGGAGUUGGUCCGCGACGUCGACUUAAGCACGAGCUGGUCCGACGAUAUAAGCCUGAGGGGGCCCUUCAUGCCGUCCAAUGGCAACGAGCUCAUCCUCACCGGCUGCAACGUGCGGUCGGCGCUGCUGCGGAGGAGCAGGAACAAGGGCAACUCCACUACUGCCACCGUGAAGCCCAUGACAAUAAGCGGCUGCUACUCCUUCUGCAGCGCCCCUGAGCGAGGCGACGGCCCCCAGUUCGACCGCGGAUGCUCCGGUGCCGAUGGCUGCUGCCGUGCUCCCAUCCUCAUCGACGAAAUAUUACUAGCUCCGGUAGGGCUGUACAGCCUGGAGUUCAGCUGGUUCGGCAGGAAUGUGAGCGCGGACCAGGCGCGAGCACCCGCGCGCGCAUUCAUCGCGGAGGAAGGCUGGUUCGACUACUGGCUCUCCAAUUACUCCAACUCCAAGUCCCAACACAGUAGCGCAACACUACUGGAUGUUCCCGUUUAUCUAAGGUAUGACAUCAGUGGCAGCUGCGCGAACAACCCAUGCAAAAGCAACCACAGCACCUGCGUCGACACCCUCACCACAGGAUCAUAUGCAUGCCACUGCCGAUCUGAUGAGGGUUACACAGGCAACGCCUACGUCCCCGGCGGCUGCCAAGGACAUCACCAAGUGCUACGGUGAGUGUAGCUACGUAGGCGGAUCAAUAGUGUGCCGGUGCCCGCCAGGAACUCAGGGAAAUCAUGCUGUACCCGGUGGAUGCGUCGAUUCUACUCUCGCUAGCAGUGGUAAGCAAACUCGACCAGCCACAUGGAACAUAUCUUAUUUAUCCAUAAGAUAGUCACCCGACUAACUUAGUUAUCUACAUACAAGCAUGUCACACCAUUAUACAAUUAUGGAUGUGAUAAGGUCCGUCUCUACAUGCAACCAUGCAUUGUAAAAUACCAACCACCACGGGCAACCACUUAUGGGAAAAUAUUUUUCAUUAUAUUAUUCUACUUACAAUUAACAAUAUUUUACAACUAUACAAAUCGAAUUUAAUAAGUCAUGUAUGUUCAAUUUUGAUUCGUAUGUUAUUAAUUUAAAUGUUUAUAUUCGACUCAAUCAAAUCUCAUUGAAAUAUAUUGCAACUAAUUUUCGUUGCAACACAAGGGAUAUCAUCUAGUUACGUUGUGUUAUUAAUGCAAUUUUUUUUUGCAUUUUUUAGCAUUUUUCCAAUUUAGAAACAUGAAUUGCAUCUCUAGAUAUUUAUCAAAUAAUAUCUAAUUUUGAACUACAUGUAUUAAAAAUAAUCUAUAAUUUCAAUUAAAACAUUAUUGACAAUUUACAAAAACAAUUUAGGAGUCAUCGUAAAAAAGACGGAAGGAUGAGUAGGCAUCAGCAUGUGCAUUGACGAACCAGUACAUAAAUAAGCAUUGAUUAAUAGAACCUGAUGCUUGAGGGUGUGAUGGUCAUUUUUUAAAAGUUCUCUUAUAAAAGAUAGAUUCAAUCAUAUAUGCGAGCAAGAAUAAUGAGUAGACUGAACGGGAAGAUAAUUGGAGUAAUCGGAUUACUCACUGUAGCACUGCGUAAAAAAAUCGGUGCUUGAUGCUCGCCGCUACUCUCUGAUGAAGACAUACGCUAAAGCAUGUGACAACCGAUAUACCGAACAAGACUAUUGUGGGUUAGUUUUGUUGGUUUACUCGCGGCUCCACGCCUCGUUAUAUAAAACUAUUGUUGGAAAAAAUACAUAUCAUUCACUUUAUAGAAAAUUAUCAUUUGACAUUUUUUUUGUUUUUAUGUAUUAGCACCAAAAAAUCUGCUCACGUACAAAAUAAAGGUUAAUGUUACACCAGACAUGUACCGAUUCUAAAAUGUUGCCCAUCAUACAGUGAAAUGAUAAAUAGAAGUUUAAAAAGUAUUGUAUAAGAUUAAAAAUAAUUAACACGUUCGACAAACUAAAACAUAUGAUUCUCUCAAAUUUACCAAGACCACUAUGCUAGUUCCCUAAAAAAUAAACUUGACCGGCCAUAGCUGCAACUUUAUUAUUAUUUGUUCUUUGCGAGCAUCUAGACCUUUUUUUAGAAGAUAGUGUUCUCCCCGUUCCAUAUAUCUGUUGAAAUGAAAGCAGAAGAUAGCGUUCUCCAAGUUCCAUAUACUCCCUCCGGUCCUUUUAAGUCUGCAUAUAAGUUUUGUCGCAAGUCGAAAUAGCUCCACUUUGACCAAAUUUAUAGAAAAAUGUAUCAACGUGCACAAUGCCAAAUCAAUAUUGUUAGAUUCAUUGUGAAAUUGUUUAUAGUGUGUGUGUGUGUCUAUAGGGAAAAUAGAUCCUACCACUAGGGGGUAACUACCUCCAUCCUUACUUCCGUCCGAUCUCAUCAGGUGCGCCCGUUGAUUAACGGGUUCCCUUUCUCAAAAUAGUCAGACUUUCUCUACCCAAUAAAAAUAUCCACUCGCACCGUACCUAUCCGAUUUGUUUGCCAGGAUAUAUUAGUAUAUAAUAACAACCUCAGGUCAAACGAUAGCUAGCUAGCUUUCAAACCAUAACCGGACAUCAUGGUGUUCUGUUAUUCACCGUUCAAAGUUAUCAGAUCUCAUCCACGCACACACACGUCAUGUUCCAUGGCAGCUCAUACGGGAGAUCAACAAGGUGAAUUCAAUCUAUAUCUUUGACCAAUCUUGUGUUAAAUACGCACAUAUGGCUCCUCUUUGGUGCCUAUAUCCAUAUCUGAUUUUU